AUGCCAGCCGAUGCUGAAGAGAUAUCACAGACAAGACAAACAUGGAGUCAUUUGACAGUAGAGAUCUCCAAUUUUCUGGCAGAACAACCACAAUCGAGAGUAGCAGACACACUUCUUCAAGGUUGCAAUCGAGUAUGGACAGAAGAAGAAAAACAAGAACUCAUCGAAGCAUUUGGGCACAAAAAACGAUUUAAUUUGACCAAAAGUGGAGUGAAAGCUGUGCUAUUUGCUUUUGAGGGCGAUCGCACACAAUCAGAAAUUAUCUUCCUUUGCCGUCUUCUCGACCUCAUUUUCAGUUUUUUCUCAACUGAGAACGAUCGGAAAAAAGAGAAAUAUGUGAUUAAAUGCGAUGCAGUUGCUACACUUUGUCGAACUACGCGAAAAAGAAUUAUCCUAACAGCAGAUGCAACCGAUGAAUCGACGAUCGAUCAGAAUUUGGAUGAGAUUUUAUGGAAAUUAUUAUAUUCAAUCGGGUUGAAAGAUUCCCGUGUGAGUCUCAAAGUUCGAAUGGGCGGUCUCGUCACACCAAUGUGCAAGUUAUUCAUUCGGAAAGACAAUCUUCCGGAAGCAUUUAUUCCGUUUUUCAUCAAAAUAUCUAGAUCUCCUCGAAACGGACAAGCGAUCGGAAGACAUGAAGGAUUCAUGACUCGUCUUGUUGCAAAAAUCAAAGUGUUGGAUGCAUCAGAUCAGACAUCGCAAGUUUUAUUACUCGAUAAACAUCUGCAGUUAUUAUUCUUCACAUUGAAAAAUAAACGUACUCGAACUCAACUUCUACGUGAGAAUAUCUGUAAAUAUCUUUUGGAAGUACUUCGCCGUCAUCUUGCCUCUUCUUCAAAUUCCCGACCAACUCGUCUUCUUUCUUCACUUUUUGGUACUUUUGAUAAAUCUCUAUCAGCUGCACACACUGAAGUUGUCAUCGGAACUGUUGCUAUUUUGAGAUUUCUAAGCAAUUUUAAAAAAGCCCGAGACGAACUGAAAAAUCUUCAAGUUUUAGACAUUUGUUCUCGUGAACUCAAAGAAUUUUGGAGCGAUGAAUGGAAAACUGGACCUAAAGCAAGAAUUGUGGAUUCUCUCUCGGCACUUUGUCUCCGUUGUAUGUCCCCUAUACCGUAUCCACUCGAAACUCGCCGUUUCCCAGUUGAUUUCCCUCUACCAACAGCUGCACCAUCAACACCUGGAGGUCAUGGACGUGUUCGUAAUUCCUCUUCUAUCAAUAUUUCCUUUGAUAACGGAAGAAGUUCUGACGAAGAUGGUAUGGAUGAAGAAGAUGAAGCGUUCGUUCGUGACGACGAUGAUGAUGGAAAAGAAGGCGUAGCUUCCGAUGAAGAUGAUGGAAAAGAUGACGAUGAAACUGGAGGAGCUCUUCCAAAAACGACUCGACUCAAUCAACAACAACUAUCUAAAUAUGCACCGUUCUUUGUAGAAAAUGAGCAAGGAACACUUCAACCUACGUUCUCAAUGAUGUAUCAGACAAAUCAGGAGUCAUGGAGGACCACUUGUGAGAAAACUCGUCACAUAAUGCCAGUUCACCAUCAUCUUCCAAUUGAAAUGUUCAAUACGCCGACACGUGUUCGUGAAAGAACUGCAAAAACCACGAACAACAUGAAGAAAAUGAUCAUAGAAGAACUGGAUAAACCUGAACGAGCAACAAAUAAUCAAGUGGUUUAUCAUCUGGAUACAGCUGCUUUCGAUGGCCUUUCAGCCCCCGAGUUACCGUUUCCCACAAGUGGAGUCAAGUUGGAUACUUCGAAAGAUUUACAAUUUGAUAGUCGAUUCGAAAGUGGGAAUUUGAGAAUGGUGAUGCAAGUCGCCCCGACUCACUAUGAACUUUUCCUUUCUCCGGAUGUCAAUCAGUUUCGUGAUCAUUAUCAGUGGUUUUUCUUCCAGGUGUCAAACAUGCGAAAGUCAGUAAAAUACACAUUCGAAAUAGUGAACUGUCUCAAGGCAACAUCGUUGUAUAGUCAAGGAAUGCAGCCAGUAAUGUAUUCAAUGAUGGAAUCCGCAAAUGGAUGGAGAAGAGCCGGUGAAAAUGUGUGUUACUUUCGAAAUUUGUACAUAAAUGAACAUGAAGAGAAACGUAAUGUCGAGGAGCAAAAAAAGAAGAAGUAUUAUUACUCAAUUCGAUUCAAUGUAACUUUCCAAAACACUGGUGACAUUUGUUACAUUGCAUAUCACUAUCCAUACACCUAUUCUUUCCUCAAUUCAUCCCUAACAAUGCUUCGGAAGCGAAAACAAGAAGGAGUGUAUUGUCGUGAAGAUGUCAUUGGACAUAGUUUGGCUGGAAAUCCGAUCAAAAUGCUCACAAUUACGACUCCGGCCACUGCUGCUGAAAUUGCAGUUCGUGAAGUGAUCGUAUUAAGUGCACGAGUACAUCCUGGAGAGACAAAUGCCAGUUGGAUUAUGCAAGGAAUACUUGAAAAUCUUUUAUGUCGUCAAUCGAACGAAAUGUAUCGUCUUCGUGAAACAUUUGUAUUUAAAAUCAUUCCAAUGAUCAACCCGGACGGAGUAAUAAAUGGGUCACAUCGCUGUUCUUUGGCUGGAAUCGAUUUGAAUAGAGUGUGGGAUCGUCCGAAUGAAGCACUUCAUCCAGAGAUAGUAGCAACAAAAGCAGUUAUACAAUACUUGUGCGAUGUUGUCAACAAAAAGCCAUUUGUUUACGUGGAUAUUCAUGGCCAUUCGAAGAAAUGGGACUACUUUGUUUAUGGUAACAAUGCUGCCGAUUCGUGGAGAGCUGAUGAUAUUUUGGAUGUUGGACCUGCCCAAAUAGAAGAAGAACAACAUUUAGCAUUACCAAGGGCUCUUGAAGUGACGUGCCCUGGGCGGUUCAAUGCUUCCGAAUGUCGUUUCAACAUAUCGCGUGCCAAAGAAUCAUCAGCACGUGUAAAUGUCUGGCGUCAAUUUGGGAUUGCCACAUCAUACACUCUCGAAUCAACAUUUUGUGGAUUUCAUAAAGGACAAAAUAGUGGAUAUCAAAUCAAUACUAGUGAUUUGAAGGAAAUCGGUCGUGACUUGCUGCAUUCGUUUUUAGAAAUGAUCAAAAAUUAG